ACUUCCUUCUUCAUCGCGUCGCGGAUCUAUCAGUGCAGUCCAAAACAGGGAUCUCCAAAUUAGGAGAUAAAGUUACAUAUGAACCUUUCCAAGGCUUUGAAGUCAUUCUUUGUGUGGGAGAGACGCCUGAAUCAUGAGCUACAAUGAAAAUACUUGCUGCACUAACAAGUUGCAAUAUGUGUUACAUAUCUGAUUCUUAAAAUGCAUUCAAAUUUGAAAAUAUCAUUAUAUAGCAGUGACUAUUUGUGUACUUGGACUCAACUAAAGUCUGACUUUGUAAUUUAUUCCAGUUACAACACCUACUUUUUGAGCAUUCUUUAAGUUUUCUUUUCAUAAAAGGUAUUAAAUUUGUCCAACAUUCUUUAAGCAUACGAACCUGAUUGGGCUAUCAGUAGUAGAAAGGUGGCCACACCCGCUCAAGUUCAAGAGACUGAUAUCACUAUUUGAUCCUCACCUGGUGAACAAACAAUAAGGAUGGAAUUUUUAGCAGGCAAAGCAUCUUCUUGCGUCAAGCGGAUAACGAGUGUCUUGCAGUUUUUUUCCGCAUUUCAUCGAAUAAGUUUCAGGCCUGCAAUGGCGAUGUCUUUCUCUACUGGGGUUCAUGUUUGCAAGAUGUACCCACAAAAACCUGCCAGCAAGCUGACCUCUCCUAAACUCCUUCCUUCUCGAGAUUGUUAUUCCGCUUCUGGAAACUCUGGUUGGUUAAGCGCUGCUUCUAAUCAUGUGCAAUUGGCGAUUUCUGGAAAGACGCUUGCUGUAAAGCCUCAUGUCAAACUAUCAUGGGAGAAGAGAACCGCAGUGUUGAGAACUGCAACUAUAGAGGAAAUCGAAGCUGAAAAAUCUUUUAUAGAAGAAGAUGUUAAAGAGAGGAUGGAGAAGACUAUCGAGAGUGUUAGGUCGAAUUUCAACUCUAUAAGGACAGGGAGAGCUAACCCGGCAAUGCUGGAUAAAAUUGAGGUGGAGUACUAUGGUACUCCAGUCAGCUUGAAGAGCAUAGCCCAAAUUGGCACUCCUGAUGCUAGUUCUAUCCUGAUACAGCCCUAUGAUAAAUCCAGUCUAAAAGCUAUAGAGAAGGCAAUUGUCAAUUCUGAUCUUGGUAUGACUCCAAAUUCUGAUGGAGAAGUAAUGAGAUUAGCUCUCCCUCAAUUAACAUCUGAAAGGAGGAAGGAGUUGUCAAAAGUUGUGGCCAGGCAAGCUGAGGAAGGGAAGGUUGCUUUAAGGAACAUAAGAAGAGAUGCCAUCAAAUCGUAUGAAAAACUUGAAAAGGAGAAAAAACUCUCUGAAGACAAUGUAAAGGAUCUGUCUAAUGAUUUACAAAAAGUUACUGAUGAGUAUAUUAGGAAGAUCGAUGCUAUCUAUAAGCAGAAGGAGAAGGAAUUGCUGACCGUUUAGCAGCAGCUUUUGGGCACCCAAAGUUUAGUUUGGGUUUUAUUGGAACGCACACACUUCCUCAGAUCUUCUAAGCCCAUGUUUAGUAUGUUUCUGAUUCAUAAAUUUUGUACAGUUAUGUUUCAUGGGAAUAUGAGAGAGGCUGAUCAGUGUUGAAAAUCUGAAUCAGAUUUUACUUGUUUCAGAAGAAUAUGGACGGACUAUGGAGUUUUGGUGUAUUUUUGGUAGGUAAAAAAAAAGGCUAAACUAGAAAAUGAAUAUCCUUAGAAGUGUUUAAUUAUUACCACAUAAACCAAAAAAAGAAAGAGGCUUUGUUGUUGUUGACUCAUAAUAACAAUGACAAACUCCCCUUUAUAUGAUUCAUACAAACAUACCUAAUAACAAAAUGACACAAGCAUCCACUAAUUCGUAAAAUCUGGUCUGACACUCUGACUCCAUAAAACUCUUUGAUUCAUGUCUUCCUUCUUCAAACAAAGCACCCCUAAAAACACUCAGUUCCAUUUGCUCAGUCCAUCUGAAUUGCAGUAGGCACAACCACAGCCAUCCUUAGCCUUGCGCCACUACAGCCAUUUUAAGCCUUCCUAGUUCCUACUCCCUCCGUCCCUGUGUAUUUGUCCAGUUUGACUUUUUCGAGUCAAACUGGACAAACUUUGAGCUUCAAUUAAAUAAAAACCGUAAUGUAUUUUAACAUAAAAAUAACUUUAUUGGAUUUAUCGUAUUGAGAACUUUCAAAAUUGUAUUUCAUUAUACUAAUAUGCAAUAUAAAUUGAGAAUAAUUGGAAUUCAAAGAUUAUCCAGUUUGACUCGAAAAAGUCAAACUGGACAAAUACACUGGGACCGAGGUAGUAGUUAGUUUCCAAAGAAGGUGAAAUAUCAGUAGAUGGAUGUAUUACAAACUAGCGGCAAUAUGUAAGAGUAAUAUGCCAGAAGAACACUAAUCAACUCGAAUAAGAUAGCAAAGAGAGCAGAUUCAAGAACACAGACACAUUAUAAAAGGCCAAUUACUAUAACAAAAUGAAUUACCUAAGCUAUUCUUUAUCAGAAAAAAUAACCUAAGCUAUUUGGACACCAUAAAUUACUCAGUAAAAUCCAGUCCAAAAAUAAAAAAUUAGUAACUAUGAAUAGGAGAUACUAAAAAUCAGAAUUGCUUUUGUUUGGUUCAUUUUCUGAAAAAUUAAAAAUCAUUUUGAAGCAUAAAUCAAACAAAUCACCCAAACUCAAUCCAGGCAUUCAUAGCACAAAAAACAACCCAGGCAUUCAUGCACUAACUCAGGAUCUAUUCUCUAGUUUUCCCCAAGAUCUUAAUCAACCAAGAAUAAAGAAUUGUUCUUCAAUGUCCUCCCCCAGAAAAUAAAAACAAAUGAAUCACAUUCCAAGCCUAAAUUAAAUUUAUAGACCAAAA